AUGUCGGCCACUCACACGUUAGAGCAGAGUGGACGGCGCAAGGAGGGCGGCAUGAAAGUUCUCGUCGCGGGGUCAUCAGGCCUGAUUGGUACUGCGCUUGUACGUCGGCUGCUGGACGAUGGGAAUGAAGUCCUGCGCCUAGUUAGGCGAACACCUGCCGCCGACGAUGAAGUACGCUGGGAACCUGCCGCGGGUAGCAUAGACGCAUCUGCACUCGUGGGAGUGGAAGCGGUUGUACACCUAGGCGGUGCGAGCAUUGCUGGUAAGCGAUGGAAUGAGGCGUACAAGAGAGAGAUUCGCGAUAGCCGUGUCAACAGCACACUCCUUAUGGCUGAGACGCUGGCUCACCUUGACCCGAAGCCUUCCGUAUUUCUGUGCGCUUCUGCUCUCGGAUAUUAUGGGAUUAGGGCAGACGAACUGCUAACUGAAGAUUCACCUCAAGGUACUGGCUUCCUUGCCGAUGUAACGGCCGAAUGGGAAGCAGCGACAUCACCUGCGUCCGACGCCGGCAUUCGCGUAUGCAAUAUGCGAAUAGGCGUAGUACUCAGCCAAGACGGGUGA